AUGUGCAUCAGAAAGUUUUGUACUAAAUAUAAUAUUAACAACUCUGAAACUAACCCUUCAUGCAGGCCCCUUUACAACAAUAACUUGCAAAAAUGGCAAAAACCACCAGAAAACUGGUGGAAACUUAAUUUUGAUGCUGCUUUUGACAAAGAUACAAAAAUUUGUGGUAUUGGUUUAAUCCUUAGAGAUUGUGCAAGGUGUUUUGUGGAAGACUUGGUGAAGGUCACAAGAGCUAGAGAUGCUGAGAAGGGUGAAGGUUUGUAUCUCUUAGAAGCUGUGGAAUUGAUCAAAUGUAGGGGAUGGAGAAAUGUUAUUAUAGAAGGGGACUGCGAGUCUGUCACUGAAUCUGCGACUUCAAAUUUUGCUAUAUCUAGUUGGCAGGAUCAUAACCUUUUCUCGGAUAUUAGUAGGUUAAUAGAAUCUAUUAGUAGAAUUAGGUGUGUUUAUUUUCCUAGAACUGGUAAUGAAGUGGCUGAUGGACUAGCCAAAUAUGCCAAGAAGUAUGUUUGUAAUCAAGUGUGGUCUUUGGCACCACAAACUGUAUCCACUCAGCUUUAG